AUGCUGGAUGCCGAGGCAGCAAUCGCAGAGGUGCCAGCCAUUGAGGAGGCCGCCGCGAACAUGCCAAACGACGAGGUCCUUGCCGUGGAACCGACGCGGGCUGCCCUGGUGGAAGUCCCUUCGGCCGCCUAUGCCGUGCCUACCUUGGCCGUUACCGCAUCUGUCGAGCCGUUGCCGUCCGCUCCUCGUUGUCCAAGUAGCAUUGUGAUCCGCUCGCCUCCCCAGUCGUCGCUGCCGCUAUCCACGGUCGCUGUGAGUAUGCCCCCGGCGCCGUUGUCCCAGGACUGGACGGUAGUGACUGAGCUUGCAGUGGUUGAGGCUAUAGCUACUGACGCGCCGAGCCCACCGCCAGUCUCUUCGACGAUCCUGACCGAGCUUGUGAUUGCAGAAGUUCUCGGCGCGCUGUCGGCCGCUGAAGAGACCACCUCCUCCAAUGAUCUCGAGGAGUUAUACGCCAGCCUCCAUGAAGAAGGAGGCAGCUCGGCCUCGGCUCCCUUGGACAAGGAUUCCAAGGCCGUCGUUGAAAGGCUCCAAGAGUUCCUAUUCUUUGGGGUUCACCAAAUGACCACCGCCGAGGCAUUCAUGGAGUUCAAGUCCUGCUUGGAUACGGCCAUGGCGUUGGGUCUGCUGGACUCGGCUCAGCUGGAUGAGCUACAGGCUCGCUUGGCCGAGGGCGACGAGAUGAUCGGUCGGUACGCUGAGGCAAACAUGAGGAUGACCGAUGGGUGCUCGCUCGAGCAAGAGCUGUCAGUGAUAAAAGAACAAGUCCAACCUGCCAUGGCCCGUUUGAAGGAAAAUGACCUCGUUGUCCAAAGAGAGAAUGAGAAACUUGCGCAGGUCAAGGUUCAGAUUGCCGAGCUCCAGGCCCGUCGAGAUCUCAUCCUUCAGCGCCGAGAUGGUGCAGUUGCAGUCGGAACCGAGCUGAAGUCUUCGGCCAGGCAAAUCCUCAAGGCGGCGACCGAGAAAAAGAGGGCACUGGCCAAGAGGAAGUUGAUCCAGGCGAGGUAG